AUGUCGUUCAAGCGACGGAAACUGCCUUGGGCGCCGGCGGACCCCGUCGCUGCUGGUCGAGGAGGGGCGAUCCAGAACGCUGCCGAGCGUAGGACCGCCCCGGAUGGGCGAGAACGUGCCGCCGAGGCGAGUGGUCCAAAGAGCUUAGACACCAAGCCCAGGGAGGCGGAAGAGCGCGCAGAGCUCCCUAUGCCAAGAGCGCCUGCCGCGGAAGUAGCGGAAGAAACUUCUACAACGAGUUCAUUGUACGCUUCUUUGGCGUUCUUUACUUGA